GUCUCGUUUACCUGUGAUGCAUCUGGUGAAAGUGCCGCUGCUUACUUUUGUGCCUGACUCGUAUUUUUAAUAUUGCAAAGAUGGCACUUCCAACCCCUCCGUUGACGUGAUCCGACCAUCGGCAAGCUGAAGCCGAGCGUCGGCCGUUGAGCUUCCCAAUUCGGCUUGCCGGUUCGGACAGUCUUAUCUUAUCAUUCAACCACGACUCUCUCUACCACCUUACGUCUCACUUGAGACGACUUCCGUACACCAACUUGAUUUGCUUGCAUUGCAAAAUAUCUGAUACGAAAUACUUGCACGAGGUAGUUUAUCGGGCUUGCCGCGUUGUAACUCAUCGGCUUUGGAUUCAAGAGAUCGUCAAGGACAAACCAGUGAGACAGAAGAUGGAGUACAAGCGUCAGUCUCCGGCCGCCGUCAAGGUGAAGCCGCGCCUCAUCAUCCACGGCGGAGCGGGCAAUAUCAAGCCGUCGAAUCUGCAGCCGCCAGAGUAUGCAGAGUACCGCCACGCCUUGUUGACGAUUGUCAGCAAAACAAACGCCUACCAAAACACACCAUCCCUCACAAGCACAAACACCACCACCGGCGCCCUCCCUUCGGCCCUAGAAACAGCAACCCACGCCGUCACCCUUCUAGAAAACAACCCCCUUUUCAACAGCGGCCACGGCGCAGUCUUCACUCGCGACGGCAUCAACGAGCUUGAGGCCUCCGUGAUGGUCUCCCGCGGCUUCGCGAAGUGCGGCGUAGGCGUCACGGGGCUGCAACAUGUCCGGAACCCCAUUUUACUCGCCAAAGCGAUUUUGGAGCACGGAGAUGAGGAUCUGGGCGGCAAUCCGGAGAGUAGCCAUCCCUCUUCCAUCAAUAGUACUGCUAUUCCUGCUUCUGAGAUCGACGCCCCCUCAGCACAGGGACACACCCUUCUCCACGGCGCCACAGCCGAGACCCUCGCGAAGAAGUACGGGUUGGACCUCGUCUCCACGGAGUACUUCUUCACCCAGCGGCGGUGGGAUGAACACAUCCGCGCCCUCGAGCGGGAGAAGGCAGGCCAGGGGUUGAGCACGUACAGCACGACAGAGUUCCUCCCGCAAGGCACCGUCGGCGCCGUGGCGCUGGAUGAAGAGGGCGUCGUGUGCGUUGCUACGAGUACGGGCGGGCUGACGAAUAAGUUGACGGGCCGGAUUGGGGAUACACCUGUCGUCGGGGCCGGGUUUUGGGCUGAGGAGUGGGUUGAGGAGGGGGAUCCGACGGGGGCGUUUGCCCGCGCUGCUGGUGGUGCUGGUUUUGGUGGAGAUGGGUUCCUUGUGUUGAGUGAGGGUUUGAAGGGGUUAAUGGCUGAUUGCCUUCCCUCGCUGAAAACUUAUUCCCCUUUGCCGAGCGGCGUAGCUGGGUUUCGUGAGGGACUGAAAACCACGCGGGCGAUUGCAGCCUCCGGGACGGGUAACGGAGAUUCCUUCAUGCGCGUUGCGGCAGGCCGGACCGUCGGCGCCGUGGCGCGGUGGAAGCCGAUUUCCGGGGCUGACGCCGUGUCGUUCGUUUCUGGCCCGGGCGGUGAGUUGCAGCGUAGUGCGGGUCCGCGGUGGAAGGUUACCGGCGAGGGCGAGGGCGGCAUCAUUGGGAUCGAGGUUGCGGUUACGAGGGACGAGGAGGGGAACGUUGUGGGUGUGAGGUCGGAGGUUCUGCAGGAUUUCAACUGCAAUGGAAUGUACAGGGCUUGGAUUGACGAUGAUGGCAAGGCGUAUGCCAAGAUCUAUCGCGAUGGUGUUGAGGGGGUUGAUGUGAGGGAGUACUCUGAGAAGUGGUGAGCUCGGGGGGACGCGGAACGUAGACUUAGAUUUCGGGAGAUGAUCAAGUGGAAUAAGACCAAGAGAUGAGAAGAAA